AUGAAGUUCUUCGCGACUCUCCUGUUUGCUGCCGCUGGCGUCUCCGCCGCUGGCUCUGCUACCGCGCCAAGCUCCCCAGGCUCGACCUGUCUGGCCGACUACAUCCUCGAGGACUGCCUCGGCUCAACAACAAAGACUGCCAACUCAUGCCAGCCCACUGACUACGACUGUCUCUGCGCCGCUUACCAGGCCGUCUUGACCUGCUACAACAACUGCCCCAACGACAUCCGCGCCCCCUCGGUCCAGCAGCAGGUCGACUCCUACUGCCGCACCGCCUCCCUCCUCAACCCCAAGACCACCACCACCAAGGCCAAGCCGUCCCAGUCCCAGGAGUCGUCCAGCUCCGAGGAGACGUCCGCCUCCAGCCCCGGCAGCAACGACGAGGCCUCUGCCACCGGCUCUGGUCCUUCCCAGACGUCUGGCUCUUCUCGCACGAGCUCCACCAGCCCUACUGCUGCCAGCACGAGCACCAACGCCGCCGCUACCAUGAUGGGAGGCGUUGCCGGCAUCGUCAUGGCUGUCGCCGGUGCCGCUGUUGCCAUGACUGAAUGA